AAGUGACGUGUAGUGGAUGAUAUCAUGGAUUGCGACAACAUGGUCUUGUCCAGAUAUCCAGAGCAUCUAUAUAGGCCUAUGUUCAGUUUGCUGUUUGUCUUUGACCAUUUCGCUUCUCAAUGACGCAGUGCUGUCUCAUGAACUUGCUUUGUAUCAUCCUUUUUCUUUCAUUUGUCGACGUUUCGUCGAACUCUAUUCGUUCUCCGAAGAGUUUGAGUUGUGAGGGCAGAGGUUGUUGUGAGGUGCCGCGCUACAGGGGUUACAGAGUUACAUCUCAGAAAAGACGCCUAGAGGCGGGAGAGAGAGUGUAUCAUGAAAAGGUUGUUAGGUGUAGGAGCAAGGGGUCUGAGAUAAAGAUGAAAUGUGAUGUGGAGAAAGGAGAGUGGAUUGUCUUGGAGAUCUCUGUUACUGAGCGGACAGCUCUUGUCCAAGACGUGAGACUGACAGGUAUUGAGGAGACACAGGAGGUACAAGCCAGGGAUACUGAAUUGAGUUGCACAGUUGAACUGCCAGGGAACGUACCAAAAUCUCUUGAAAUUGAGUUCGGAUGGAAAACAAUUGAGAACGAGGUUAUCAAACCAAUCCAUCAGCUUGACAGUAGAGACAAAGCUUUGGCAGGAAACAAACGAUUCGCUUACAUGAAGGCACGACAGACUACGGUUCUUGUCAUUCGUGGAGUCGCUGAGGAUUAUGUCAGCAAUUACACGUGUUUUGUGGCGAUUGCUGGCCAAACCUAUUCGAAAACUGUGAUGCUUAGGAAAAGAGAUUGUCCUCUACUUUCUCUACCAUAUGAUGGAAACUUCUACAAUUGGAAUAAUAGUGUUGCAUCAUAUUCUCCAGGAACCAAGUUGGUGCCCUAUUGUAAAGAAGGCUUCAUGCUAAACGAGGGGGCGCCAAAGGAACUUGAGUGUCAACUUUGGGGUGGAUUUACUAUUGCUGAUGAUGAUAAGGAUGAUAUCAGUGAACAGUGGGAAAAGCAGAUGAGAAUGAAUGUUUGCAAGAAGAGGGAGGAGAAAUGUUUAAGAGAGAAAGUUGGAAGCCACAUGACAGAAAGAGUAAGAAGGAAUGAAAGGAAGGGGAAAAACCUUGAAGAUCCUUUAUCACCAGGCGAUCGGUUAGUGUACAAAUGUGACAACGGCUACAGACUUUAUGGCAAACGGAAACGAACGUGUCUUUCUGAUGGUGAAUACAACCAUGAAAUGCCAACUUGUAGACAAACAACCAGAGAAUUUCAAUGUCCAUGCAGGGAAAUUGGCCUCAACAAUGGAAGAUUUGUUUCAACGGUAGACGAGACAUCUAAUCAGACGACUUGCAAACUUAAACCAACGUGUAAUGACGGAUACACUCUAACAGGUCCACACUCUCUCGUGUGUCAGCAGGAUGAGAGUACGUCACAGUGGGACUGGCUUCCUGAAGAUGGAUCUGGACAUGGCACACCAAGUUGUGCAAAGUGACUUGUGUAGAUAAUAAUGUAUAUAUAAUAUAUGCUGUGUUAGACAGGAUUCAGCCAUACAAUACAGUGUAGAUGCGCUGGUUCACAUCAUUUUAUUUAUUUUAAUUCUCACAAAAUGUUGGUUUAUUACGUUUAUUGCUUGACAGGCAGAGGAUGCGACAGUUUUUUAGAAAUUUUUCUAUGGCAGCCAGAUGUAUGAAUAUAGCUAUGUAUUAUAUAUAUAUUGUAUUGGAAGAGUAUCUAACGAUGAAACUUGA